CAGUGAGCCUGCUGGCAUAGAAGCCCAACGGAUGUUGCUGCAGUCAGGAAGCCAGCUCUGACACACGUUCUCCUCCAGCACUUCUGUGAACACUUCACUCUUUAAGGUGCUCUGGCUGACCGAAUACAUGGAGACUCCUGAGGACCAAAUCAGCCUCCAAGAAGAAGCCGAUGAUGUGUUUAGUGAAGGGCUACGUUUCAGAACCCCAGAAAUCAUGUCUGUUGGCUCGCAGGCUUUUCCUCCAGGAGGGCCAAAUGGGAUUCUUAGAAGUCAGUCAUUUGCAGGCUUCAGUGGGAUUCCGGAAAGAAGAUCAAGAUGUAAUUCUUUCCUUGGAAACUCUUCAGCACCUAAAAAGCCUCAAGCAAAGCAAAAAAAAAUGCACAAUUUGACCCAUAAAAACAAUAGCUCUUCCAAAGAGCCUCAACCAGAACGAGUAGAAGAAGUGUAUCGAUCCCUGAAGACUGGGCUUGAUGAGUAUCUGGAGGUUCACCAGACAGAGUUAGAUAAGCUGACUACUCAGUUAAAAGACAUGAGGAGAAACUCCAGACUGGGAGUUCUAUAUGAUCUUGAUAAGCAAAUCAAGACAAUUGAAAGAUAUAUCCGAAGACUGGAGUUUCACAUCAGUAAGGUAGAUGAGCUUUAUGAGGCGUACUGCAUCCAGAGGCGCCUACGAGAGGGAGCGUGUAAAAUGAAGCAAGCAUUUGCUGCGUCCCCUUCCAGUAAAGCAGCUCGGGAGAGUUUGUCAGAGAUCAAUAAAAGUUUCAAGGAGUAUACAGAGAAUAUGUGCAGUGUUGAAGCAGAGAUGGAGAACCUCUUAGGAGAAUUUUACAUCAAAAUGAAAGGUCUAGCUGGUUUUGCAAGACUUUGUCCGGGAGAUCAGUAUGAGAUUUUCAUGAGAUAUGGACGUCAGCGAUGGAAAUUAAAAGGAAAAAUAGAGGUUAAUGGCAAGCAGAGUUGGGAUGGAGAAGAAAUGUUCUUUCUUCCACUAAUUAACGGUUUAAUUUCAAUUAAGGUUACAGAACUUAAAGGAAUUGCUACUCAUGUCUUAGUUGGAAGUGUUACUUGUGAAACAAAGGAUUUGUUCUCUGCCAGACCCCAAGCUCUUGCAGUUGACAUAAAUGAUCUUGGCACCAUAAAACUUAACCUUGAAGUAACAUGGUGCCCAUUUGAUACAGAGGAUCUGACACCGUCUACAGGCAAUGUAAACAAAGCAUCCGCUGUCCAAAGACGAGUUUCUAUAUACAGCCAGGGCACACCUGAAACCCCCACGUUUAAGGAGCACUCUUUCUUUAAAUGGCUGAAUCCUCCACAAGACAGGCUUCGUUUGUCAAUUAUGGAUGCGCUUCAGGAGACUUUCUUUGACAAGCUCCGGCGCAGUCGCUCUUUUAGUGACCUACCAUCUCUCAGGCUGAGGCCUAGAUCAGGCCGAGAGAGAUACUCAAAUUUGCAAGAUGAUGUUUUUGAUAAUGAAGUGGACUCGGUUGAGAAGAGGACACUCUCUUUAAGUUUUGAUGACUUGCCUAAUGGUCAAUGCACUCCUCCAAGAUCGACUGCCUCUUCGUCCCUGGGCUACUCCAACCCUGAAAUCACUGUCACACCGCCAGAACACCUCAGUGACCUGUCUUCAGAGGAACCAGAACACUUGAGUGCCAGGUCUUCUGCUGAAUCAAGUUCACAAUCUCAAGACACACAGUCCCAUACAGAGCAUAUAAACGAAAAUGAGGAAGAUGUUGCUGGAGACAAGUCUGAUAUCUCUGUUUGCCAAAAUCCUGAACCUCAUGUGGAUAAUAUGUUCAUAGCUUCUAAUGACUCUGCUUCAGUUUUACAAGACUCCGAAGAGGCUUCAGAGCUGAAGCCAGUAGAGUUGGACAAUUGUGAAGGUAAUAUCACCAAGCAGCUGGUUAAAAGGCUUACAUCCACUGAAAUACCAGCUAUCUCAGAAAGGCUGCAGUCUGAUUGUUCCAUGGCCAGUGAAUCUGAGGCAUAUAGGUCCUAUUUAGAUGGAAGCUUAGAGGAGUCUUUGCAAGGCCUGCUUCUCACUCUGGAACCUUGCAAAGAUCAAUAUGCAGAAUAUCAGGAAUUGUAUCAAGAAAUUAUUCAUCUAGAGGAUGUUCUAAAAUGCAAAACAACUGUAAAUCGAAGCAGGUCUUCCAGUAUAAGUCUAACUGUUGAAAGUGCUCUAGAAAGCUUUGACUUCCUGAACACAUCUGACUUUGAUGAGGAGGAUGUGGAUGAUGGCAUGGUUUGUAAUGGUGGAGGCGCAGAUUGUGUAUUUUCAGAUACUGACGUGGAAAAGCCCAGUUGCAGAGCUGGACAUCCAGAGGCCCGAGGACAUCUGAGCGAAGCAUUAACAGAGGACACAGGAGUUGGUACUAGUGUUGCAAGCAGCCCUUUGCCACUCACUACCGGAAAUGAAAGUCUUGAUAUUGCACUGCUUAGACAUUUACAGUACAGUUCUGAGCUUAUUCAGCAAAUCCUUAUAUCAAAUCAGAUAUUGUUUGUCCUAAGAGACUUACUGAAGAAGCUUAGUAAGCAAUGCCAAGUGUUGAAGCAGUUGUCUGAAAUCAGCAAAGACAACAUGGGUAACAUGAAUUCUGUAUUAGAAGUCAUUCCUGGGUUACACAGCAUGCCAUCACUGUUAUCCCUAUGGACAAAAUGUUCCACACCGCAACAGGCAUACCACACGUCUGCAGAAAACAUGGUGAAGCAACUGGAUGCAAAUUUUGGCCAAACGGUAAAUGAGGAAUGUCCAGGGCUUGCAGAAACAGUUUUCAGGAUGCUAAUAGCACAGAUACUUGACAGAGAAGAACACAUGCUGUCCACAAGUUUGACUAUGGAAAUAAUUACAGUUUUUCAGUAUUAUAAUUUUUUCACAAGCCAUAACAUCAGCGAUCUUAAAAGCUAUUUGAUUCAGCUUUCCAAGGAAGCCUCGGCUGUCCAAAUGCUGAAGACAUCAAGCGACACAUUCUUGCUGCGUAACAUUACAGAUUUAACUGCAUGCAGUUUGCCACCUCGACAGGAAAUUCUUAGAGCUUUGACAUUGCUUCUCACAGAGAAUGAGAGUGGUGUCAGUCAAGCCCUGGAUGUACUCACUGCAGCUGCAUCUAAAUCAAAUCAAUUCAGAGAAAAGGCUCUGCUGUAUUACUGCGAGGCACUUACUCAGUCAGAGGUUGAUUUGCAGAAGGCUGCGUGCAUGGCUCUCCGAUGCCUCCAGGCUACAGAAAGCGUUAAAAUUCUGGUUACGCUCUGUCAAUCAGAUAAUAAAGAGAUCAGGGAAAUAGCAUCCGAAACAUUACUAUCUCUGGGAGAAGAUGGAAGACUUGCAUAUGAAAGACUAAAUAAUGUCCCCCCGGAGGUUCCCACUACAGGAGACCACCAGGAAGCUACUGCUGCCACAAUGUUUUAGCUCUUGCUUACCUCUGAAUGAUAACCAGUAUUACGAAUUGAUGCUGCCUUCAGAAAAUGGUGCUGUGUCAGAAACAAGUGGGUCAACUACAAAAGCCAUUAAGGAUUAAUUGGCCCACUGAUUUUCCUAUUACACCAUUUCAUAUUUAGAGCACAAAAUUAUCUACUUAUUGUCAUUUUGUCUAAUUUCUAAGCAGAGUGCGUAUGAUUGCACAGCGAAAGCCCAUCAGCUGAAUUAGAGUACCCUUCAUUUACCACAACACCUCUGCCUACACUUUUACUUUGUUUUUUUAAAGUCAUAUUUAGCUUGGCAUCUCGCAACUCCAAUGAGUAUUACUGGAAACAGUUGUAACAGUGUAACAAACAAUUCCUUUGAUUUCAUAAUUAUUUUAAUGCUUAGAUUCCAUUUAACUUUCUAUAGAUUGUGACAUUAUAUUAAAGAGUACAAUACAAACAGUUUUGUUCAAUAAAACAAAAUAAAUCACAAAACACGCAUUCUGGUUCUGUCAUGAAACACACAGAAAUCAAAUCAUAUACAUCUUCAUAUUACGCCUUCCCAUCAUAUUCUUUGUAUUAUGAUUCAUAAUAUACUAAAAAAUUAAGACUUGAUUUACAGUCUGAACUGUGUAUGUGCACAACCUCACCACAUCUUGCCUGAUGAGAUACAGAAAAUACUAUAGUUAACACACAUCUUACAAAUGCUGUUUAUACUUUCAGAGAAUGUAGGCUAUUUGUACAGAUACUAUUUGUCUUUACAAGUUGUGAACAUUGUAUCAUAUUCACUAUCUUUUAAUGUUUGGAAUCUUCUCUUUUAACAGAACCAGGGUUGUAUGCUUAUUUGAUCCAGUGAAUCUUUAACAGCAUUACUGUGCACCUGCCCAGGUGUAUUUUGGUGACUUGUCAAACUAUUUAAUAGAUUUGCUAUUUUUUUUUUUUUUUUGUACAUUGGCCCCAUUAUUGUCACUUUGAUUGGGGCAUUUCCUGGAAUUCCCUAAACAAUAACUUCUGUUAGCUCUCCUGGGAUAAGCUCUGCAGGCCUUUCAGUAUAAGUAGGGGAGGUAGGGAGCGGCACCCAGUGAAAUACCCAAGUAAGAAGUCAAACCGUUCAAAAACAGUUUGAUUCCUUACAAUGGGAGGGUGUCAGGGCAUUCCUGGAACUGCAAUCAUUAUAGUGAGUUGCAGUGGUUAUGGUGCUUGGAGUGUUCCUAUAAAUUAGAAGAUCACUUGACUUUCCCAACAAUACAAUUUCAUUAAUAGCAUAGUUUUCAAAAAUGCAACAAUGUAUCACGUGUAAUAGAAUAUCUGCAUCAUCUGGAACUUGACUCGCCCUUCUCCAACAAAAAGACAGCGAGCUGCCUUUUAAUGCUGUGUAUAAAAUAUGAAUUGUAUGACACGCCAUAUUAUGCUUAUUCAGACAGCCCUGUGUUGCUCCGAGGAAGGCUCUCUACAAUUUAUUUUACGUUGAAAUGCUUUUAGUUUUAUUCAGAAGCUAGAUUUGCUCUGUUUGGUUUCCUUAAGCAAUUGUUAGUAAUGCUUGUGAGAAUUUAAAUGUUUUAUUUAUAGAUAAUGCAGGAGUAGAUCAUAUUGUUUUGGGGUUCUUUUUUAAGCCUAAUAAGGAAGAGUGGAAACAGUAUUGCUUCUUUAGAAUGAUCAUCUAAAUCACUAGUUCUUAACCUUUUUUUCUUCUGAUACCUCAAGUAUGAACAGGAUAUUUGAUUGGUGACCCAUCUGGAAUUUUAAAAAAAUAGCUCAGUGACCUACUUAUCAAUUGCAAUCUUGGAUAUAAAGCCAACAAUUCUGCAAAACACCUUAUUAGACUUUAUCCAUAACAAUAUAACAAUAUAUUGAAAGCAGUUGCAUGAACCAUGAUAAAUGUUACGUCUGUGUUGUUUAUUGGGAGACAAACUGAAAUGUUAUGGAGACACAGUUUUGGUUCCGACUCAGGGGUGUUAGAAUGACUGAUCUAAUACUCUUAUAGUCCACCACUGGCAACAUGUUUUUUUCCAGACACUUAUUCGUGAAACAAGUUUUUUAACCAGGAGGUCUUCUAAAAAUGUAUAUUCAGCCUUCUUUUAAGUAAUUUCAUCCAUCAUUUGUAAUCCAUAAACUCCGGUGCAUGAAGAUAUAGACAGGAACAGUGAGGAGAAAAAGUAUUUGUUCCUCUACUUAUUUUGAAUGUUUUCCCACUGACAAAGAAAUGAUCA